CCUCAUAUCCCUGCUUCUACUUUUUUCUACUCAGCCAAUAUACCAUGAAGUGUGUCCGUGUGCUUGAGCCUGCCGAGUUUGAUGCCAAGGUGAACGAGGCCCUUGCCCAGAGCGAAAGUGUGUUUGUUCUGUUCUUUGGCCGCGAGGCACCCGAGACCAACGAGUCGUGGUGCCCCGACUGUGUCAUCGCCGACCCGACCGUGCGCAAGGUGGUCAACACCAUCCCGAACUCGAUUCUGCUCGAGACUGAUGUUGCGAGCCCAACAAACGUCUUCCGCACCCGCGAGGAUAUCAAGCUGGGCCCCAUCCCGACCCUGCUCAAGUGGACCAAGGCUGGUCCUGGUAGCCGCCUGGUCGAAGAGGAGUGCUUCGAAGAGCAGAACAUUGUCAAGUUUGUCAACUCUGCCUAGCUUUUCUCCCUGCGUUGCGCUUGCAGGCUUACUAAUUUCCGGCCAGCUGAUAAAUAAACUAUUUCCAUCAAGCCAUACAUGCGUCUAAGGCGUGAUCUUGGGACUGCAAUGGCAUUGUGCUCAUGCAGACUGUGGGCUACUUGGGCCGCAUAUGUUCAGGGACGCAAUAUAAAGCCAAUAGUGGCACUCUAGCG